AUGCUUCUAGAUCCAUCAGCUGAUCUCUCGUCCAGUCCCGUCGACAAAGGACCCAUGUCCUCGACAUCCUCUUCCGCACGCUCGAGCCCCGCCCGCCCGCGAUUCGAAGUUGAAAUCUACGCCCAUGCCCUCAAGGCUCGACUCGAACUUGCCUCGUUCAAGGCCAUCAACGGCCUGGGCAAGGCCAACAUCGACGACCUCGAAAGAAGCGCAGACCUCUCGUCGACCAUGAGGGCCGUCGCCCCCUCGCCGUGGCAACCAUCCCAGCCCACGCCGUCGGGUCAGGUUUCCGCCGCCUUGCAAUCCAGCGCCACUGACGGCCAGGGUUCCUCGUCGCCAUCUAAGACGCCCGACCUGGUGCGGGACUCGAAAGCGGCCACCGCUGCCACAAAGGCCCCACGGUCCAUCUACGCCGACAUCUUUGGCAAGGACUUUGGUCGAGACCCACCAUUGGUCCAGGCAAGCCCGGUCCGGGCGACCGACUCGCGAGCCAAGGCUACCGUUCCCAGCGUGGGCCGCAACUCGUCGCAGAGCACCCCUUCCUCCUCGCGCUUGAUCGGCACAUCUUCCCUGCUGGACAAGGCCGCCUCUUCGCCGCAGCUCGGAUCGCCAGAGCGCAGGAAUGGCCGCUUCGACUGGCACAACAACCCCUCCGCGGAGAUGAAGGCUCGCGAGCAGGAGCUUGCUGCGAGCGGCCACCACUUCGAAGUCCCGGCCAUUUCGCCCACGAAGCGUGUCCGGCUAACGUCGGCCGCAGGCGCCCUGCUCGCCUCGCCGCGACGCGCUCGCAUGCACAGCAGCGGCAACAGCCAGGCACCGGCCUUCCUGCCUAACGGCCACCUCGCAUCGUCGUUGGCACAAGGUCUCGGAAUCAGCGCACCUCGCACUCCACGUUCGCGCUACAACUCGGCCGCCGGGCGCCAGGCAGUGCCCCAUCUGCCUCCCGGGCAGCAGAUGGACCAAGACCAAGAGGAGCGUGACCGCGUAGCCAGCACGCUCGCCAUGAUGGCCGAAGACAGGGCCGCUGCCAAGCAAACCGACAGCAGCGGCAGUGGCGGCAGCAGCAGCGGCGGCGGUGGCAGUGAAAGGCAGGCGCUCCCUGCCACUCCGCGAAAGGGAGGCUUCGCCGAUCCCGGCAGCAUCACACCUGUGCGGGCCGGCAGCCACCGCGGACAUCGUCGAAACGUUUCGUGGGCCAAUCCGAGCGACAGCUUGCACGCGCAACAGCGGUCGCAGCGACAACAUCUCGAAGCUGCGCAGCCGGACAGGCCGAAGACACCCGAGCGUCGCAUCAACGAUGACGACGAGGGCGCUGCGCACUACCUCCUCUACCUCGCAUCCUCCCCCUCGCCCGCCGGCGCCACUCGAUCCACGGCAAGGUUCGAAGGCGCAACACCCUCCCUUCACCCACUUCGAUCCACAACAGGUGGACUCAACGGCCUCCAGGAUGCUGCAGAGCCCACCAACGGCUCUGUUGCGCCUGCGUCUAGCAACGAAUCGGACAGCCCGAGCAGCGAAGCGGCCAAGCGCAAACGGGAUAGCGAGGGUCGAAUGCCAAUCACGCCUCCGUCAUCUGGACGAGCGCGGCAUCAGCGGAACCCCCUUAGGCCACUGGAGAGUCUGUCGAGUUCAGACACCAGCGACCAGAGCAGUCACCAGCCGCCGCAGCUGGGCUCGCCCCCACGCACACCGCCACGGACCGCCGCCCCGCUGCCGCGAGGUCCGGACGUGGCCAACGCGUCAUCCGCCCUGUACGACUGGUCGGGCGAUGCGGCUCCAAAGACGCCGCCGCCGCUCAUGCAGCCACACACCCCGCAAGCGCCCGGCUCGGAGUUCUCCUAUGCCGAGUUUGUCAACGUUAGCCCGAGCCCCAAGCCCCGCACCGUCGGACGGACGCCCGGCACCAGCGGCCGAGCAUGGACGGACGCACACGGUCUCGGUAGAGCGCCCACGUCCGGCAGCGGUGCGGACGGCACGCCGAGUCGAGGUACAGCUUCGCGCGGCCGGUUCCUGCACCGCUACGACGACGAAUGGAACGAGGAUGCUUGGGACUCGGCCGCCACGACGCUGACGCCCGGUCCGGCUGCCAAGGUCCUCGCGAGGCAUUCGAGGACAUCGUCUUCGGCCUCGAUCGGCAGCAACCCUGCACCCGCCCGCACCCUCGACUUUGACUGA